UCUUGUAUGAUCCAAACAGAUUCGUAACUAGCUGUUAACGGUGCUGAUGGACGUCACGAUCGCCGAUACAUCAUUAUUCAGUGUUCAUUGUUCGAUAUUCAAGUAGGCAUCACGAUCGUGGCUGAAACAAAAGCUCAUGGUAUAGUCUGCAUGUUUUUAUGUCUUUCACUUAAAAAGCGGUUUCAUCGUGAAAUUCAAUCAACUCAACAUCAUGGCCGACGAAAGCCCCGUGAUUCGUCAUCAUAGUUUGAGACACUACAAGAGCAACAAUUUAAGUGAUCAUCAGUCGGAUAACCUGGUAUCAGAUGAAGAGCUAAGUGUCGGCGGAACUACUCCUCCACCAGCGGAUCAACACUCGGGCGAUGAAUUCGCUUCACCUGAAAGUCUCAAAGAUGAAAACCGCGACAUGAAUGGAAUUUCCGAAGACGAUAAAGACUCAGUUGCAUCAGCCGCGAACAUAAUCAAAUUCUCAAUUGACAAUAUCCUCAAUCCGGAGUUCGGUCGGAUGAACCCGGCAGAAUCGGCCGCGGCCGUGGCGUUUCACACGCAUCACCAUCAGCUGAUUCAGCAGCAGCAGCAGUUGAAUUCCUCUGCGAGUGCUGCUGGAAGUUUCUUGGGAGCUUUUCAUCAGUUGCCGUUCUUGGCUGCGGCACGCCAAAUGAUCCUCGCUGCCACUGCUGCUGCUGGUUCAUCAAUUGACUAUCAUCAACACCAUCUGGCGGCUCAUAAUGCCUCUGUGGCGCAAGCAAUCACGCAUCCGCAUCCGCUCAACAGCAUGUUGCUCGCUCAUCAAGCGCAGCAUCACCCGACUACGCUGAAUCUAGUCGAAAGCUGCACAGACAAGUAUCUUGGCGGUGCUAAUCAUAAGAACUGGUUACCCCACCAGCCAACGCCGUCUGGUGGUGCGCUCACCGGCCGAUCUCAUGACAACCGGCAAGCGGCGUCUCAUCCUCUUACUGCGUUAGCAUCGGCAACCGCCGCUGCCAGCGCCAAGGCCAAAACUCAGCAAUUGCAUAAGGGACACCAUCAACCGACCGGAAGCAAAGCUAUCGAUCUGAGUGUUCGCAAUUCGGCGUCGCCUCCGGAUCCCGGCCAUCGACUAUGUGCGGGACUGGUGCCCGAGAAACAGUCAGCGUCUCAAGAAAGCCCGUCACUUCACUCAAGUAGCGCCGAUGAUAACUCGUCUGCUAGUCCGGUUCGAUCCGUCUCCGUUGGUGGAUCGACUUGUUCCGUCGGCAACAACGAACUUGCGUCUGGUGGUGGCUCCAGCGGGGGAAGCGCCAAUCAACAGCAGACAUCGUCAUCAGGAGGAAGCGGCGGCGACAAGGAAGCUCUCUGGCCAGCUUGGGUGUACUGCACCCGAUAUUCCGACCGCCCAUCUUCCGGAAGAAGUAAGUGAAUUUCAGUUCAUCCAAUUCCUCUGAUUGCUCGUUUUACCUGUUCAAAAUGCCAAAAAAAAACCUUCAAGUACGCAGGUCCUAGGGCACGUCGGAUACGGACAAAGAAAGACCGCAAGGCUGAAGAAAAGCGCCCAAGGACGGCCUUCACCUCGGAGCAAUUGGCCCGGUUAAAAACCGAGUUCACGGAAAACCGCUACCUAACGGAGAAACGCCG